AUGGCAACUAUUGCCAUCAUGGAAGAAAAUUCAUUAAAUAUAAAUUUGCAUCGAAAUGAAAAUCUACAACCAAUAAUAUCAUUUGGUUUAAUAACAGAUAUUCAUUAUGCAAAUAAUGAUGAUCGAUGGAAUUAUUCAAAUACAUUUCUAAGACGUUAUAGAAAUUCUUUAAAUUUAGUCGAUCAAGCAUGUAAUUAUUGGUUAAAUGGAAUAUAUCCGAUAGCAUUUAUAAUUCAACUUGGAGAUUUGAUUGAUGGAUGUUGCCACACCAAUAAAACAUCAAUAAAUGAUUUAAAAAUAAUUCUUGAACAAUUUAGAAAUAUUUCGCCUAUUUAUCAUAUUUGGGGAAAUCAUGAAUUAUAUAAUUUUACAAGAAAUGAAUUAUUAAAUGGACCAUUAUGUUCAUUUGAUACAAAAAAUAUUUCACCUGGUCACUAUGGAACAUUCAAAGUUUCUCCUAAUUUAAGAAUUAUUGCAAUUGACACUUAUGAAUUAAGUUUAUUGGGUAUUGAUAAAAAUAAUACACUUUAUAUUCAAUCAAUGAAUUUAUUAAGAAAAUAUAAUCAAAAUGAAAAUAUCAAUGAUCCAACUGGAUUAGAUAGUUAUCAACAACGAUUUAUACAAUUAAAUGGUGGACUGACACAAAAACAACUUAUUUGGUUAAAAGAACAAUUACUUCAAGCAAAGGAUCUUCAUGAAAAAGUUAUUAUCGUAGGUCAUAUUCCAAUUCAUCCAAAAGCAUGUGAUGAACUUGCUCUAUUAUGGAAUUAUGAAGAUGUUUUAGAUAUUCUAUGGACAUUUGAUAAUAAUGUUCUUGCUUAUAUUGCUGGACAUUCUCAUGAAGGUGCUUAUUUUUAUGAUGAAAAAAAUAUUCAUCAUUUAACAUUACAGGCAAUAGUUGAAUGUGAACCAGAUACAAAUGCUUUUGCAACGGUACAUGUUUAUAAAGAUUAUUUAAUAAUUGAAGGUGUUGGACGCAUUGGUACUUAUCGAAUUGAUUUUAACAAAUUUAAAUGA